AUGGCUAGCGAUUGUAGUCCCCAGGCUGAGAUAUGCUUCCAGCACCUGGCCCUUGCCAAGACCGUCUUUGAGAACUCCGAAACACUCCUCAGGCAACUCUUACAGCACCAGGUGUUACGGGUAAAGGACGAACAUAUAGACCUCGACAGAGAAGUCAGAGGCAUGGGAGCCAAGAUCGCCGAGCUUCGAGAGACUGGGCAAGAUGAUACUGGACUUCUCACUCGUGUUAAAGAAAUGGGAGAGAAGCUGAAGAGAAUCACCCGGCAGCUCCCCAGGGAAGAACGGAAGAAUCCUGUUGCAUUUGACGAUAUAAAGCCGUUUAUCGACGAGUUUAUGACAAAGACCCGAAAGCACAUGGAACUCAUGCUCAUGCACAACGAGAGAGAGAGGACACAAUCUAUUCCGAACCUUCCACCUUCUCCGGCCGCCAACGAAGACGAUGAUAACUACAACGACGCGCCAUUCGAUCUAGGCAAUGAUUCGCUCCCUUCCUCUCCUCGCCCUGCACUUCGCAGUCCGCCCAGCAGCAAGCGGACUAGCCCCGACAGCGCCGAAGACCGUCCAUCUCCCAAGCGUCGUGCACAUCGUCGUGAGAUCACGACCGCAGAGAUAGAUGAAGGGUUCUCCAACCAGAAGAUAACGGAAACACCAGCACGAAGCGGCGAAUGGAUCGUUGGUUGCGACGCUGUCUUUGCAAAGUCGCACAAUGAUCGGGUCGUCAUACAACCUAAGCGGAAGGCCGGGUGUCAAGUCAACAGUGCCACUGUUGACCGCGUGUAUCGUCAUCGACAUGACCGAGGCAAUGACGGCGAGAUGGCAGAGCGUGUUGGUGACGUGAAUCCCUCCAUUCCGCGACAUGUCCCCGUCCGACGAGCAGCAGCGACGAGAAAACGGACGAUUCUGUCACGGACGAUUCUGUCACGGGAUCCGGACGGCACUGAAAAUCCCGCUGAGAUUACCGCCAAGACAAUCUACUGGAUCAAGUGGCCAGACGAUGGCAUCUGCUAUCCCGCCUACGUUCUGCACUGGGAGUCCUUCCCGCGAUUUCGGAGCAAAUACCUCGUGCCAGUUGACCGUGGACUGUUGGAGUCGGUAGAUGAGUUACCGGCUUGCUAUGACAAAGGCCAUGGCUUCGCUGGUGUUUGGGCAGAGGGAUACAAAGACGGUCAACGAAAGAUGAACAAGAGAUUAUGCCCCGUCAUCUUCUUUACUCUUGAGAGGAGGUUCCCGUGGGAGUGUGAGACAGGUUGGGCUGCUGCUCAGGAUUUUCGCGUCUUUGACGGCGAUAACGAAGACCCUCAGUUCAAGGCGUUGGUCGAUCAUUGGCUAGCGAGAGAGGAUCGCCAGACUCCAGAUGAGGAAUUGAUCAGAUUGAGAACUCGAGCAGCCACCCGAAAUCAAGCCCAGAAGAGCCACCUGAGAACGGAGACAUCGACGAAGAACUUAGAAAAGCUUUUUGGGGACUUGACCGAAUGCUUGAGCAGUGAUCAAGGGUCGAGCCGAGAAGAGUCACCCGACAGCGAUGACGACGAAAGCGAUAUCGGAAACGCGUUGCUGCGCGAAGUUAUCAGUCUCAACGCAAAGAUACUGAGACGCAUCAUCGCCAUCGCAACGCGCCCAUACCGCCAGACGACGGCACUCCUGCUGGCCGACCCAACCCUGAUGAAGACGAGGAUUCAGAUAUCUACGGUGACGAUAACAUUGGGCCGUUCCCCGAUAAAAGUCCCAUCAAAGAAUCCGAUACCGCAUCCAGCAGGCACGACCUCGAGGAAUCCUCCUCAGUACCAAAUGAGUUCUCCUUCCUCGGAAGCCUCUUCACGUCAGAGAGCCGAUGCCACUGGGGACGAGGAAGACGAGGAGGACAGUAUACAAUUCGAUGAGCCAUCCACCCCGAGGAAAAGAGUUGGUUCCUCUGAACGGCGGGUGAGGCAGGCAAUGGCUAGUGCUGCUCAUCAGACGAACGCUGUCUGGCGUGACCUUUUUCGCGAGUACUUUGAGGAGGCCGACGAGUUGUCAUCUUAG